GCUCCAGUUAAAUAAAGUAUUAUGACCCUGCAGGGAGGGCGAUCCUGCCAACCACAUUUCUUCCAUCCUCUCUCAAGAGAAAUACGGUACCCUAUGCCAUGCACUCCCCACAGCUUCAGCGGCCCUACUUACCUUUCGCCACGAGCGAUCCGGAGACGGAGAGUUUACGCUCUUUCAAUCCGAAGCGGAUAUCUGAGGCCGCUGCGCGGCCACUACCUCCACGACCGAAAAUGACGGCGCCAUACAUCCAGCUCGAUUUUCAGCACCAGUCAAACAAUAGGACACAGCAGAGGGGUUAUGCAAAGGUUCCCAAGAGAGCGAUAAAGGCGAUGAGGGCCUCAUCGAUUGUCUUGAGGAUAUUUCAACUACUUGGAGCUAUGGGAUUGUUGAUUUGUAUGUUAUUCGUGAGGAAGAUCGACGAUAUGACCGGGUGGAUAUGCCGUGUACCUGUAAGUUUCGAACCCCCAUCUAUCUGGAGAAAAUUUGUAUUGAUCCAUUUCAGCCGGCCGUAGCAAUAUUCCACAUUGUCUAUUCAAUAUACCACCUCUCAGGAUCGUACCGGGUGCGCACCCCCUCCUCGACCGUGGGGUACUACCUAUUCGCUGCGACAGUCGACCUCGCAAUAAUAUCCUUCUAUUCGUUCAUCGCAGUGUUGAGCUGGAGGCAGCAUAAUCUGGGCAGCGAAAUGGACUGGGCCACAAUCUUCGCCAAGGAUGGCGGUGACGAGAAGAUAAUCUUAGCGGUCUUCCUCGAUGCCUGUGUUAGCGGUGGGCUGACCGCUAUAUCCGUGAUGAUUUCCAUAUACCUCAUCCUUACUUUCCGACGUCUUGCGAAUCUACCCCCGGAUAUGAAUCCUUUCUUAGAGCCCAAGGGAAGCCUUACGCGCAAACCUGCAAAGAGAAUCUCAGCUUCAACCAUUUCAAUCCAGAAAUCUAUUCCUUUCGCUGCAACGCGCCACCCUGCGCCCAUAGAUGUUCCUUCUCCAAGGGAGUCGACGAGAUUCUCGUACCCACAAGCUGCAUCCACUGCUUCUCCCCGUGCCUCAAUGAUGUCGGAAGCCCCCAGAUAUUCCGCCAUCUCGCUCAACGACUCCCCAAGAAAUUCGCACGAUAUGCCCCGCUACUCCCAGAUCGAGAGCCCCAAGAGCAGCCCUAGAAGUAGCAAGAAGAAGACAUACGCGCCGUUGCAGGCCAACUCGCCAAAGAGGUCAAGUGGAUUGAGAGAUUCGAGAGCUACCAGUGCCAACCUGGGGGCCGAGAACGAGAGUGGAUGGCGGCACAGGAAGCCCUCGGCUAGUGACUCAAGGAAUUAGGGUUGGGAUAAAGACGCCGGUCGGGGCUUGGACUUCGGUUGGUGAUAUCUAUGUUAUUUACUGUAGGGAUGGAGUUAUUUAUUGUUAUGUAUUUUGCAAGGGGCUUGAACCAGGAUUCAAAUGUCUGCUGAUUAAAAGUUAAGCUUAACUUAACUUA